GAGGGCUAUGUAGCUCCCCUGCACCCUCGGCAGAGGAUCAUCCCAAACUCCUCGCAUAGAGGUUAAAGGCAUUAUUUCACACCCCCAAUUUUAUAUUUCAUUUUCACCCUGUGCGACAAUUCUUCUCCUACAUACAUUCCCGUCGCCCAUUCAGAUCAACAGCCGUAAAUCUAGGGUUCCGGUGUAGGUGAAACCAUGUGGAGACGAGCCUCUGAUAAGCUCUUAGCACUCCGACCUGUUGCCAGACCUAAUCGUAUCGUUAGGUCUUCGCUAUCUCCAGCGACUCUUCGGUCAUCCCCGACUGUUAUCACUCGUCACUAUUCAGGUCCAUUGGGUACCAAGAGUCGUACGUGUAAUACGAUGACAAAGGUGUUAUUGAACAUGUUAUUCAAGGGCUUUAGGUCAAUUGAAUCUACCACUACAACCACAUUGGUAGUUUGGUAUCAGCAUGGGAUGCGAUUUUCAACGAGUGUCCCCAAUGAUCCUGAUACACAUGAUGAUUUCAAGCCCACAAAUAAGCUUGAAAAUUCACAACUUACCCUAAAAGACAUUGUUGAGCAGGAUGUGAAGGACAACCAUGUGAUGAUUUACAUGAAAGGGGAUCCAGAACAACCCCGUUGUGGAUUCAGCUCAUUAGCAGUCAGAGUGUUGAGUGAAUAUCGUGUUCCUAUACAUUCUAGAAACAUAUUGGAAGAUCCUGAACUUAAAAAUGCUGUAAAAUCUUUCAGCAUGUGGCCAACAUUUCCACAGAUAUUUAUCAAUGGAGAAUUCAUAGGAGGAUCAGACAUUAUCCUGAAUAUGCAUCAGAAUGGUGAACUGAAGGAGAAGAUAAAGGCAACUCCCUCCGAAUAGAGGAAUUUGGAAUUUUAUGAAGUAAUAGUCGUUGUUCUUGUUCAAGGUGAGUGAAAAUAUAAUGUCAUGUUACUACUUAUUUUUUAGGUUUUAGUUUAUUAUGUGAGAUUGAUAUGCUGCAACAUACUGUUCUUGUUCUAUCUUGCAUUUAAAAACUUUGAGCUUGUUAUUUGUUUGGUAUUAUUGUAUGGAUGUAAUAAAAAUUAGUUGAUUAUUUUAUGAUUAUUAAAUUUGGCUAAA